AUGGCCUCAAGAACUUCCAGCCUCAAAUUCUUCUCACUACUGUUUGCUUCAUUUGCCACUGUUCAAAUGGCAACGGCCGGAGACCCGGACAUUAUUUCUGAUUUCCUACUGCCUGCAAAUGGAACAGUAGAUGCAAACUUCUUCACAUACACCGGCUUUCGUGUUCUUGUUGGAGGCGGCCCUCCCACAACCUUCAAGGUAUUGAAGGCAACCUUGGCUGAGUUCCCUGCUCUUGAUGGACAGAGUGUUUCCUGUGCCGUUCUCGAAUUCCCAUCUGGCACUACUAACCCACCACACACUCAUCCUCGUUCCGCUGAGCUCCUUUUCCUUGUUGAUGGUACCCUUGAAGUGGGUUUCAUUGACACAAAAAACAACCUCUUUACACAGACUCUUCAAUCAGGUGAUCUGUUUGUGUUCCCCAAGGGACUUGUGCACUUCCAGUACAAUGCUGAUGCACAAAACCCAGCACUAGCAAUUUCUGCUUUUGGAAGUGCAAAUGCAGGAACUGUAUCACUCCCCAACACUCUGUUUACCACCGGGAUCGAUGACAAUGUCUUGGCUAUUUCUUUUAAGACUGAUGUAGCCACCAUUCAAAAGCUCAAGGCUGGUCUUGCUGCCAAGUCAUGA